AUGUCCUCCUUUCAAUCCUCUCCCCAGCCCCACCAGGGAAAUGCAGCGCCGUCACGCCAAUUCGCUGCGUAUAACCCGGUCGCGGUCGCUACAGCUCCCGCGGGGACUUUCCUCCCCGGGACUAAAGUCCAGGUGGGCAGCCACCGCGUGGUGGUAGAGAAGUACCUAUCUGAAGGUGGCUUUGCUCACGUUUACGUUGUGCGACCUCCGAAACCCAUCGAUGGCGCGGAGACCGCGGUGCUGAAGCGCGUCGCUGUGCCAGACAAGUCGGCUCUGGCAAACAUGCGCACCGAGGUGGAGACGAUGAAGAAGCUCAAGGGCCACCGGCAUAUCGUGAAAUACAUUGAUUCGCAUGCAUCUCAGCUGCGUGGGGGCGGGUAUGAGGUGUUUCUGCUCAUGGAGUACUGCGGGGGUGGCGGUCUGAUUGACUUCAUGAAUACCCGCCUGCAGAACCGGUUGACAGAGCCGGAGAUCAUCAAGAUCUUCUCAGAUGUGGCCGAAGGUGUGGCCUGCAUGCACUACCUCAAACCGCCUCUGCUUCAUCGCGACCUCAAAGUAGAGAAUGUCUUGAUCUCGCGAACUGGAGGCUCGCUUUGCUAUAAACUGUGCGACUUUGGAUCCUCGGCUCCUCCUCGGCCUGCUGCUACAUCCGCUGCGGAGGGUCGAUUGAUUGAGGAUGACGUGCAGCGACACACGACUCUGCAGUACCGAAGCCCGGAGAUGAUUGACGUCUAUCGGAAGCAGCCCAUUGAUGAGAAGAGCGAUAUCUGGGCUCUUGGUGUGUUCUUGUACAAAUUAUGUUACUAUACAACCCCCUUCGAAGAAGUUGGCCAAAUGGCCAUUCUGAACGCCACUUUCAAGUACCCCGCAUACCCUCAGUUCUCAGAUCGGUUAAAGCUGUUCAUUGCAUCGAUGCUCAAGGAGCUCCCCUCCAAGCGCCCGAACAUCUACGAAGUGGUGAAGGAAGUGUGUAAGAUGCAAGGAAAAGAAGUUCCUAUUCGAGAUAUCUACUCCAACCGAUCCGUCUCUGAAGCACGAAAGCACCAGGAGUUGCCUCCUACGCCCGUAGAGGCCCCUGCAGUGGGCGCGAAAUUCACGCCUCCUAUGCAAGAGACGCAGAUCAUCCCUGAGAUUGCGCCUAUGCGACGAGGUCGGCCUGGGAAGCCUCAGUCCCAACAUGACUCUGCCAAACCUAGUCCUUCUCCCUACCGCGGUUCCCCCAACACAUCGUCUGACCCAUUUGCGGCUUUGGAUGGCCGGGGGAAGAAGGCUGCGGACGAAGCAGCUAAGCGGUUCCCUUCAUUGGAGCAGUUUGACAUCCUACACGAAACGGGAGACAAAUUUGAUUUUGAGCCAACUCCUAAAGAGUCUAUCCCUGAGGAUGAGGACCUCUCACAGAGACUCACUAAUCAUUUGGCUGAUGAAGCUUUUGCUCGGCGAUCUUCCCCUGAACGACAAGAAGUGGCUGCGAGUCGGCAAUCACAGGCAUCGCCUGUCCGAGCACCCAAGCCUCAAGAAGUUCCUAUUCGGCAAUCCGCUCCACUGUACCAGCCCACGCCUACGCGACCCGCAAUGGUGUCAACGGGUACAAUGACAUCACCUGCCCAGACUCCUCGUCUUCCAGAAGCGAAGCUGUCCAGUCGCCCAAUUUACCGUUUCCCGCCACAAGAGGAGCAACGGCCCGCGAGUCAGCCUUGGUCUCCAGAGGAACAGAAGGCCCCAUCGCCCCCCUCCUCGAGUUUAAGACCAGAAUCCAGCCCACGAUUGUCAUCUGACCAACUAUCUCACCAUUCCAACUCCGCGCGUCCUUCUAUGGAGACAUUGCGACGAACUUCAACACUAGAUGUCAAACAGCCGGCAGCUCGGUCGAGGUCUGCGGUUGGCAAAGCUCGUCCAGUUUCAGUCCAGGGUUCGACCCGAUAUGAUUUGCCCCGCGAUCACGAGGCUUCACGCUCGUCCCUAGACCUCUCACGCUAUGAGGGCGGCGCGCCAAAUCGCCCCUCUCGAGCGGAAUUGGACCGAGACUAUGACCAGCCCAAUAUAUCGUCGGAUAUGGACUAUCUACGACUUAAAGAGGAGGAAGAGAGCAACCGAAAGCGUGAUAAACGUGUCAGCAGUGGAGCUAAGCACAGUAAGCGCAGCAGCUUGUCUACACUAUCCUUUUCUGGAAGCAAAAACUUGUUUGCAGGCCGAUUUGGUGAUGCAUUCCGCCGUUUCGAGAGCAGCAAUCCGGACAAGCCCACAACUCCAUCAGCUGAAGAGUUUCCCUCGCAGCAACAAACUGUCGGCAGCUCAGAAAGUGUAGAUUCACCUACCGAAAGUUUCUCGCCGUAUCACGACGACCCUCUGGAUGACCUGGAACGUGAAGACAUCUCCCCGGAAAUGCGCCGUGAGCUAGAACGCCGUCGUCUUUCCCAGGAAGAGAAGCGUGUGGCCAAUGCUGCAGCUGAAUACCGGCGCCGCGUAGCUGAAGACGGAGGUGGCAGAGCUGGCACUGAUGGAGCGCGGUCUCGUGUGAUUCAGAACAGAGUCCAGACAUUGCUCAGUGAGACUCAAAAGCCAGCGGCUGUUCCCAAAUCCGCAACUGGCUAUGGGAAAUACACCGACACCACUGCUUUGCAGGCAAAGCAGGAUAACGUACAAUCCUCGAAUACUGGUACACUGCCCAGUUCCAAAACUUCCGGUCCUGUCUACAGCAGGCAUGAAGCAGUUGUCUCAGCUCCGCCAGAUCGCCAGGAUGGAGCCGCUGCUUCUUCAGGCCUUCCCCAAUCUACUGCCUCUUCUACGCCACGCCCCGCGACGACACGCCCACUUGCGCCACCCAAGCCGAAGAAUUUGCGUGUCGGAACACAGGAGAGCUCCCGACCAGCCACCAGUACCAGCCAAGACCGCAGUCCAUCUUUCCAGCAGUCAUCGGCGGGCCCGGGCGGGGAAGACUGGGAAGCCAAUUUCAGCCGGCGAUUCCCUAGCCUUUCUGGGAUAGAAAUGGAGACGGAAAUCGAGCUCCCUAAGUUCCCGAAGCUGCGGACCCGAGAAGUGUAA